AUGCAUAGGAAUUACGACAAUGAUACUAAUUACGACAAUGUCUCUGACAUUAUUUCUUCCUCAAAUGUAACCACCAUAUCACCGCUCAGUUUAACUAACACACAGAAUCUGACGACCACCACUCGUGUGUACGAACACAUCGCUCCAGUAACACUUCUGUUCUUUUUUGGAGUUGUUGGUAACGCCAUAGCUCUAUUUGUUUUGUGCUAUUCUGCAAGGAGUCACAAAUGGCGUCCGUUCUAUAGACUGGUAUGUGGACUAGCUAUUUCUGAUGGCGGGGGAAUUCUGGCAUCUUAUCCGUUCGCAGAGUACCGCUAUAUCUCCAAUUUCGAGUACACCUUUCCAAAAGCUUUGUGUGAUUACUUGGGCUUUGUUUUCAUGUUCACACUAAUGUCGUCUGCUAUGAUCGUCUGUUGCAUGUCGUUUGACCGUUUCUAUGCCAUAUUCUUUCCAUUUCUUUAUAAUACUCCGUCAAAACAACGUCGAGCUUUGAUCAUGCUAGCGUGUGCCUGGACUUUAUCGGGAGUCAUCAGCUCCCUACAUCUGUAUGGUUUAGGUGCCAGUAAAAACUACUAUCCGGGUUCCUGGUGUUUCCUUGAUUUUAUUGACAUGUCAUCAAAUGCCAAAGUGAUAUACUCCUACAUCUAUGCCACUACUGGGGCGGUGGUCGUCAUCUUGACUAUGCUUAUAAACGUGUUAGUUAUUGUUUUCUUCAUAAAGAAUAAAUUCAGUAAGACUGUUGCUAAGACCAACAGGAACGACCUUCCGGUUGUCCUCUUUCUGUUGAUGAUAGUGACGGUUUUUACAUCCUGUUGGGCGCCUCUUGUGGUAAACAUAUUCCAGCACGCUACGUUCUCUAUAGUUGGACAAGGUAGAACCGAGUUGAUUGUUCUGCGCAUGGGUGUGACUAACUCUGUAAUAGAUCCAUGGAUCUACAUCCUGUUCCGGAAGGAAGCAUUUGGUAUGCUAAUGAAAUGUGUAAAUAAUCUUGUGGAUCGUAACAGGGAUUCACACAACAAGAGUAACGUACCAAAAGUAGCAUCAAAAAUAACAAUUGUUUAGUAUUUGUUGGCUACUGGUACUUUGAAUACAAGGUAUAAUAAACGGAAUCCUUAAACUGGUUUAGAACUAUUUAAUUGGUUGUUUAUACCAUUGCCUUUCCUAAAGCAGAGCUCUAAUUAUUUUAUUUAAUCAUUUACGUUUUUCAUGUAAAGUUUUAUUUUUAUCUUUCUCGUGUUUUUACAACUAGUAUAUUAUAUGGACAAUUUUCUGACAUAUUAAUCAGCAUCGACAUUAGUAUCAGCAAUGAAUAGUACUUAGGGAAUUUGAUAGCU